AUUCCUCUGAUAUAUAUAACCAGGACACGUUAUGUCAUUUGUGUCUUUCAAAGCUUCUCUCUCUCUCUCUCUCUCUCUCUAACUAAAAUUUGCUGAGCUUAUAUAUAUGUUAAUAUACUUUCGUUUUGAGUUGAAUUUGAACUUUUAGGAAGAAGAGCAUGGUGACUUUCUGCGACGAGAAUUUUGUGUGUUCCGGUUUUGCGUCGUCUUCGACGGACGAUCGAAGAUUCUCGAAGCACAUCCAUGAUAAUGUUCACGGAAACAUCUAUCUCGAUUCUCUCUCGUUAAAGUUUAUUGACACCGAACAAUUUCAGAGACUUCGUGAUUUGAAGCAGCUCGGUUUAACAUACAUGGUUUAUCCAGGGGCUGUGCAUUCUCGGUUUGAGCAUUCAGUUGGUGUCUAUUGGCUGGCUAGUGAAGCUAUACACAGAUUGAAGACCUAUCAAGGAUUAGAACUUGGUAUUGAACGCUGUGACAUACAAACAGUAAAACUUGCUGGUCUACUACACGAUGUGGGUCAUGGGCCAUUCAGCCACAUGUUUGAGCGCGAGUUUCUACCCCGGGUUCUCAAUGGCCUAAAAUGGUCUCAUGAAGAAAUGUCUUUGAAGAUGAUAGACUACAUUGUUGAUGAACACAAUAUAGAGAAUGAUUCUGAAAGUCUUAAGAAAGUCAAGGAAAUGAUAAUUGCUUCUGAAAAUUCUACUUCAAAAAGCUCCGACGAAAAACAUUUCUUGUAUGACAUUGUUGCUAAUGGGCGUAAUGGAAUUGAUGUGGACAAAUUUGACUACAUUGUCCGUGACUCCAGGGCUUGUGGUCUUGGCUGCAAUUUUCAGUUUCAGAGGGUUUUAGAAACUAUGCGAGUAAUAGAUGAUGAGAUAUGUUACCGUUCUAAGGAAUAUCUUACAAUCCACAAAUUAUUUGCUGCUCGGGCAGAUUUGCAUCGGACAGUAUAUACGCAUGCAAAAGUGAAGGCUAUAGAACUCAUGUUCGUUGAUGCUAUGACAAAAGCAAAUGAUUAUCUGCAAAUUGCAUCAUACAUUGAUGAUCCAGCUCAAUACUGGAAGUUAGACGACACAAUAAUGAAAACCAUUGAAACUUCUUCCCAUCAAGAGCUGAAGGAAUCUAGAGACCUAAUUCUUCGCAUACGGAGAAGGGAUCUUUACCAGUUUUGUAACGAGUUCGCUGUUCCAAAGGACAAGCUGGAGCACUUCAAAAAUGUUACUCCUCAAGAUAUAAUUUGUUCGCAGAAUUCUAGUCGCCCUGCGCUGCGGGAGGAUGAUAUUGCGGUGAGCAAUGUCAAAAUUGAUCUUACUCGUGGAAGGAAGAAUCCACUUGAAAGGUACUUCAGUGAUACUUGGCUAAAGAUUUUCAAUGUAGAUUCACGACUGACAUUUCUACAGAGUCACUCUAAAUUUUGAUUUAACUUUUGCUGCGUUCAUGUGCUUUUCUCUUCACCAGCAUCAACUUUUUCCAGGUACAAAUCUUCCUUUCCAAGCUUAAAAAUU